AUGGACGAAACGAGCAUAAGGAACGAGGAUGAGUUUAGUAACAGAAGUAUUAGUCCAAUGAGCGAGCAUGAGUUUAGAAUGAUAGAAAUUGAUCAAAUAGUUGAACCCACACAAUCGCAGAAUAUGAACCAGUCAGGGGCCGAGGGGUACAAACGGCCCAGAGACGAUGAAGAGAAUGAGGAAGAAUUACAAUGGGAAACAGUAACCAAGAAGAAAGAAAAAAGGUAUAAACCAAGUGACAGAUUGGAAACGUGCAAAGAAUUUAUUGAAAAAGGAUGGAAGUUUCAACGGGCUAUGGAACAGACUUAUUCAUAUGGCGUUUUAAAAAACGUAGACUUGGAGUUGCCAGACCAAGAAAUACUGGAAAGCAUUACAUGCCCGGCCCCCGCAAAAUUACCUUCAGUGUACCGUCUUCAGUGGCGUAGUGAAAAGGAGUGGUUACCAAUCUUUCAGUGCUCGCGCUGCUGGAAACUGGGACACACGGCCAAGAAAUGUACAGGAAAUAAAAUAGUUUGCCCAAAAUGCUCCGGAAACCACCCCAAUUGUGACACACAAAUAUUCACAUGUGUCAACUGUUCUGGUUCUCAUAUCUCGCUAUCAAAAAUGUGCCCGAAAUAUUUAAAAGAAAAGAGAUUGCGGGAACUAAUGGCAGAAUUCAACUGCACAUACAGAAAGGCUAUGACCAUGUACGUAGAGCCUGAGAAGACGGAACAAAAGAGGGCGGAGGAGAAGCAGAAAUACGAACCACCACCACCUACCUCUACGGCGGAGAAUUCUUUUCCGUCCAACGAAAGAUCUUUUGCUGAUAUUCUUAGAAAUAAGCCAGCACCACAGAGCUCGUCGAAAAAGCCAUCAAAGAAGCAGUCGUUUGGAAAACAAGCUGAUAACUCAGACAGUAAGAACGACGCACAGUGA